AAUUACAAACAUUUGGCCUUGUCGCCAUCUUUGCUGCAUUUUGUGUGUUGCGGCGGACGCGUGGUAUUGCCGGUUCUGGGCUGCAUGGAUUCGAAGAGGGCUGAGCUUGAUGAAGCGAUGUCGAAGACGUUUGCGGACAGAAGGAUCCUGGUGGUGACGAAGAGGCUAUCCGUACCCAAGCUGAAGAAGCUCUACCCUGCCCUCUUUCAGGAAAUGGAGAUCUGGGCGGAGCUUGCCCGAAUCAGGGGCGGUGGAUCGACCAAGGAGAAUGAGCUGGAGAGGGCGCGUGAGAACCUUUCCAAGGUGCUCACAAAGUUCCAAGUCUGUGAAACGAAUGAAGCUGCGCUGGAGCAUCUCCUCAUCGAACUUCGCGAGGAAGACGCUCUUUACGCGGCACCGACGGCCGGAGGUCCAAAUGGUUAUAUGGCGUGAUGCCCUCUGGGUCGAGGGAGAGAAGGUAGCUGAUUUUGAGAUACUGAACAAGAUCGACCAGUUCCUCACAUGGGGUGCUGCGUUCUCGGUGUUCGCUCAAAAGCCGACCAAGAAAAGCACGCGGUGCUCCGCAUACCUGGCAACCGUUAUGGUUCUCCAAACAGACGUGCUGAAGCCCCCGAAAGGCCUGGAGCGUAUCACUCAGUAAGCGUCAAGCUCAGUAGAUUCGUGUCGCCUGACUGUCCAUCUGAGGCCCGACUGAGUCGGGUAAGACUUACCUUUUUCCGUCUUGCGGAACUUCUUCACUGUCAGUGGGCCGAGAUAGUCGUGUGUUGAAAGGUCGUCUCAUGUCGACUCUCGCCUCUGGCAGGUCAGCCAUCCUGGGUAGCUGAGGGGUGGCUCUGCGGUUGCGGCAGAACGCACACUUCUGUUGACACACUUCUGUUCACACUUCUGUUGACACGAAAUGACAACAGAUGUGCUGUCAUUUCGGUUUGUGUCGUGUUUUUUUUUUAAUAAAGUCGUUCGCCAAAAA